CACGCUCUUUAUCACUCUUCAUUAGGGAGCUCUCAGGGAGAGUGUCUUUAGGUUCGUUAGCACAGUAGUCGUAAGUAAAGCGUUGGUCGUGACGCUGACACACGCACACCUGAACCUGCUUUGCCUGCGUGCCUGUGUUGCCUGUAGUGUGAACUGCGUGAACCCAAAAUCUAGGGUGCCCACAUGAGCCGUGGGCGAAACGGGAACAAAUGCUGCAAGGGGCGGAAUCACCAAACUCUUUCAACUCAACAGCAGCGAAGACGUCACUCGCUCCCUCCCCGUAUGACCAAACGUUCGGAUAAUCGGAGCAUGGUUGACCUCUCUGCGGCCAGCCUACCCUCUUCAACGGACCUUCAUCCUGCUGCCGAAGUUGAUUCGAGCUUGGAUUUGUGCAGUGUUCUCGAAAGCAUGCUGAAAGGGGAACCAGGCGGACUCGCACUCAACAGAAUCCUGGCGUUUCUCAGAAGGCACACCGGCUGGAAGACCCUGGGAGGCACCGAUGUCCUUGACGUCUGCAUGAUGCACAGCGAGUUGCUUCUCUUCAGGGUCCUUCACGGCGAGAUUGUCCUUUUCCUCAAGGAGUCGUCACCGUCAGCUGGAUCUCCAGCGGUGCCCAUCGAACAGAAGAGCUUCUCGCUGUUAGAGCCCGUGUUGCUUCCGCAGCUGUCUUCCAAUGACUACUUUCCGGUCACGGUAACGCACGUCGCCACUCCCCACGAAAUUGUGCUCAAUAUGCAGACGCCAGAAACGUCCCAAGCGACGUCUUCUUUGGUGAGUGCCAUGGCCGACUUCUACUCCGACCAGCGCGCCCGCACGGCUCUCGGAAGAUACGUUUCGAUAGGAUGUGCUUGCGCUUUUUUCGACGCCUCUGCUUCAGAGAGCGACGGCCGAAGGUGGCGCCGAGGCAUCGUGACGGACGCGCUCGGGGGCGACCCCGUCGAAGUCUUCGACGUCGACUCCGGCAAGAAGACGCCUGUGCCCUGUGAAGACCUGUACGUCCUGCUUCCGAAGUUUCACGAGCUCCCAUGCCAGGCCAUCAACGCCAGACUGGCCAUGAUCCACCCUCUCGGCGGGACCGACUGGGACACCGCCGUGUCGGACAGACUGGUCGAACUUUCGCGUGACAAAGUCCUCAUGUGUUCGGUCGUCGGUUGUAAGGGUGGAAUCCUGUACGUACUGCUGUGCGAUACUAAUUCUCUCGAAGAUGCCUGGCUCAAUAUGAUGUUGGUUGAGGAAGGACUAGCCAUGUACUACGACGAUGACUGCGAGGUGCAGCGGUGAAGCGUCAUCUGGCCAAUUUGAGAUGCAUUUCGUUUGGCACUUCUGAGUAUGUUUCCAUGGCGUAGCACCAUGCGUUGCGGUGGCCUAUCGAUAUUACGAUUUAAUGUUAGUCAAACAUGUUUCUUAAGUCAUUCCAGAUGCUAUGGUGUAAGGUUGGUGCCUUCGGAGUCUGCUAGCUAGUGCUUUUGUUUUCGCUUAUACCUUUCAUAUGCUGCUUAUUUUACUGGACUAAGCAGAGUCUCUUAUCUCGAGUCACCUUUAUAUAACUAUGUGCCUUGCUUACUCAAAAAAGAGUGCAAUAAUAAAAAAUGCUACAGAUUA